AUGAAUACAAAAUCAACGAGUUUUCUUGUCUUUGUAAAUGGAGCUAUUGAAAAUGCUGAAGUAAAUGAUUUCGAUGAUCUUUAUCUUCGUUUUUCAUAUGUUAUUGGAAAAGAUUGGAAAAUAUGUUCAGGUCUCGAAGAAGGAACAACACAAAUAGCACAUAAAAGUGUUCAAAUUGGAUCAAAAAUAGUUUUUAAUUUUCCAUUAGAAGCUACAUUUCGAUCAACAAAUCCUUUUGGAUGUUUGUAUUUAUAA